UAGUGUUAAUGAAAUAUUUUUUCUUAUUCUUUAGUCUCGGAAUGACCAAUGUCUCAAGUUGGCCCAUAUGUUAUCCGAUAUGCAUUUUCGAAACCUGAAACAGAAAGUGGUACUUCUUUAUCGAACAGAAGAAGCAGCGAAACAACUGGAAUCUACAAAGCUUCAAUCUACAGCAGGGUUUGUUGAAGAGUUCAGUGUUCGGGAAGAUCUAAUGGGACUUGCCAUUGGUGCACAUGGGGCAAAUAUACAGCAAGCUCGUAAGGUUGAAGGAGUAACGAAUAUUGAAUUAGAAGAAAAUACUUGUGUUUUUAAGAUUUAUGGUGAGACGGAAGAAGCAGUAAAAAAGGCACGGUCUAUGUUAGAAUAUAGUGAAGAAUCUGUGCAAGUGCCACGAAUACUAGUAGGAAAAGUAAUUGGCAAGAAUGGUCGUGUCAUACAAGAAAUGGUGGAUAAGUCUGGUGUAGUGCGGGUGAAGAUUGAAGGAGACAAUGAACCCGAGCCCACAACUCCCCGUACUGAAGGACAAGUUCCGUUUGUCUUCGUUGGCACAGUUGAAGCCAUUGCCAAUGCUUCCAUUCUACUUGAAUAUCAUUUAGCUCAUUUAAAAGAGGUUGAACAACUAAGACAAGAAAAACUUGAAAUUGAUCAGAAAUUAAGAAAUAUGCAUACUACAAACAGCUUAGGAAAUAAUCAGGGUUAUCCCAUCAGGAGAAAUGACCGUGGUUACAACAGUGACAUGGAGAUGGGUAGUCGUGGACGAGGAAGAGGUGGCCCACGAGGAGGUCGCGGAAGGGGUGGUGGCAGAGGAGGCGACCGCUACAAUAACGACCGUUCUGGAACUGGUCAGUGGUCACGCCAGGGAACUCCAGAUUGGGAUGAGGGUGAACCAUCUUUAGCACCAAGAACAUCACGUCGUCACAUUGAUGAGCGGCGUCGCGUGGCUGAUGAAGAGGAAACGGUGCUAGAUGCUGCUGAAACUGGUAGUGUUGGCAGCCUUGAUCGAGAUGUUGGACCUGAAUCCCCCGCUGUAGCUCCCACAGACAAAAGUUGUGGUCGAGGUCGCGGACGAGGCACAGGACGUGGUCGUGGAGCAGGUAGACGUGGCGGUCACAAGCCUGAUGGACGGUGGACACCAGCACACCCAAAGCAGAUAUAUGACCAACCUAAGAAGACCAUUGAUGAACUCCUUGCCCCAAAAGCACUUGGAGGUCAACCCUUUGAACUCGAGAAUGACCCCAUGAAUGACCCAGAUAUGGUCAUCCAAGGAAUCAGUGGAUUUGUGGAGAGAAAGAAGAGUUCAGAAUUUCAAUAAGGGAGAUAUUAAUAAAGUACUGAGGGUGUCGAACCAGG